AUGGCCGCAUUGAGAGUGUCCAGCGACCUGAUGUACCCAAGAUAUCCCAUGGAGUCCAAGCGAAGCGAGGGCACCACCCAAGAGUCAACAGCGGUGGGCGGCAACUCUCCGCGUGCCUCGUGCUGCUCCGAGGCAAGUCAGCCAGUGGAGAAGACUGGACCAACUUUGCCCUUGCAGAAGCGUGAGAAUGUUGCCUGGAGGAAUUUGAAGAUUUUGGAGACUCCUUGCCCAUCUCUCCGUGGGGACGUCAGACGGAUGCAGGGCAUGGCUCGACAUGGCACUGCAGAGAGGUCCGUGAAGAGCACCGCCACAACCCCAUCACGCAGCGGCCGCCGCGCUGAACGCCGGGCCCGCCGUCGCAAGGAAGCGCAGAAGGCUGCGCAACAGCAAGUGAAUUCUCGCGGAUCUGCCGUCACCUUCGCGGUGGGGGAGCUCGGCGUGGAGUGCAAUCAGACAAUGCCAGGCAUGACGCCUUUGGAAGGAAAUUGGCCAGGUAUCAUGAGCACUGCCCCUGCGGAGCCCAAGGCUGCCCUGUUCCUUCCACCAGGUGCGUUGAGCUACACCGGCUGCUCGCCCACCGCCAAGCCAUGUGAUGCCUCAGCCAGGGGAUACCCUUACGCCUCACCACCUGCCGCCGUGGCCUCACCGGAUGCCAAACGUUUGCUGCUGGCCACGUCGCCCAAGGUCACACAGGUCUAUGGUGACGCCUCUGCACGCACUCCCUGCCGAUCCCCACCCGCCUGGACCGCUGACGUACCUUCACCAUGCAGGGCGCGGAUGAAUAUGCGAAGCUUCGUGUCAGCCGCCUCGCCGAGCAGCAUGCUUCCCACCUCCCCUUCCGUGCAACCUGACCCCAUGCCCGCUAUGAGCCCUGUGAGUCCAGAGGUUGGGCCCCUAGGGGGUGAGUUGGGUGGAGCUAUGGAUGCCUUUUUUAUCUGGAACGACAUGGCUAUUUGCUUUUUGGGGCCCAACUGGCGGCCGGAUCCCAUGCGACAGCGCCUAGCCAUCUUUUUUUCGCUGCUGUUGGUCACUGCGGCCUUCAGCCGCCUUGGGCAGACGCCGCUGGCCGCACCACGCACGAAGAGUGUGGCCAUGGCCAUCACUGUGUGGACCACGGAGGAUGCAGAAGACAAGGCGCAGAAGGUGGUGGCAGCCGCUGAAAAACUGGCAGAUGCGACAGUCAGAGUAGAGGAAAUCAAGAGCUACUACUGGUGGGAUGACAAGGUGAACUUUGACCCAGAAUGGAGAGUGGUGGUCACCACCACAAGUCCUUUCGACACGGUUCAGGAGGUGAUUUCCAAGGUUCAUAGCUAUGAUUUGCCCAUGAUUAUCUAUGAUUUGGCGGAGUUGCCAGAAGGGCAUGCGUAUUGGAAGGGUGUCCUCUCGCUUGGCGAAGACGCCAUCGCCACGGCUGAGACGUUGGUGGAGCAGCGGAUCGUGGCAUGCGCCCAAGCGGCUCCGGACGGAACCUUAGCUGUCAAGACCAUGGCACCUUGCAAAGCCCUGGUGGAAGAACAUGCCUCCAAGACUGGUCGCAGCGUGUCAUGGACAGCGAUCAAUGGCAAUGAGGGCUAUUUGACGUGGAUGAAGGGCGAAUGCACUGGAUGUAAAUAGUGUUUUGCAGUUUGAAGACUUGCUGGUUGGUUGUUUUUAUUUUUUGUUUUCGGCCCGCAUUUGGAUGUUUGGAUGUAUUUGAUGAUGAUUCCCC